CAUGUUUACUAUUAAUACUCAGAUAAUUUACAAGUUACCAGAUUUCAUACCAAAUCUCAAUAUUGAUUUGUCUUCUCCUGAAAAAUUAAUACCAAAACAUAGACCUCCUAUUAUUAAGAAAGACCCUAUUUUAGAUGCACCUGAUGAAAUCAAAAAAUGGUUAGAAUAGAGAAGAAAGAGAUAUCCUAAUAAAGAUAGACCUAUAUUGGAUGAAAAUGCAUAAGAACUUUCUAUUUUAGAAUAAAAAUUAAGAAAGAAAAUUUCUAUUUUAAGUGGAAGUUGUAGAAGAACAUAAAUUAAAGCGAAAUAAAUGAAAGAACUUUGUAAAGUAUUGACUGAAUCAAAAAGAAUUAAGAAGAAAUUAAAUAAUGAACCAUAAGAAAGUUCUGAUUCAGAAAUGAGUAAUCAAUAAGAAGAAGAUAAAAAAUUAGAUGAUAAAGAAACUAUUUAAAAAGAAAUAAAUAAAUUAUAAAAAAAACUUUAGGAUAAUAGACCAAAAGAAUUUUAUAAGAAAAUUAAGGAAGGAGGAGAAUAAUAAUAAUUAACAAAGAUGGAAAAGUAAAUAAUCAAAAAGAAAAUUAAGGAUCUUAAAUUAUAAUUGAAGUAAUUAAAUCCAGAAGUUGAAUAAAUUCAAGAAUAGUAAUAAUAGUAAUAAGUCAAAAGAUAAGAACAUACAUAGACUUUAGAAGAUCAUACUAAAGAGAUGAUUGGCAAUUUAGAAGAAUAACAAGAGAAGAUGUAACCUUUGUAUUUAUUACAAUAGGGAAAAUUUAUUAGAAGAAUCAUUAAAUUACAGAGUAAAUCCUGCAAAUUUUAGAUAUAAAAGUAACACUCUGUAUACAAAUAUGUUGAUCGGAGAAAUCUAUAGAGAAAGAUAAUAUAUUUUGUAGGCUAUAAGAUAUUUAGUGAAGGAGAAUUUCUUUGAAGAGAAAGGACAAGAGGGAUUUGAAUGUAUAACAUCGGAAUCAGAUGAGGAACAAUAAGAAAGUAGUGAGGAAGAGUAAGAAUUAUUGGAAGAAAUAGAAGAAUAUUUUUGA